GGUUAUUGUCACCUUUUGAAUCCUAUAUAAGACAGGCUGGCAAGCCAAACAACACUACUGUUUUGUCUCAUAUCUCUUCAGCUAUUUUUUCUUCACCUACUUGGGAAAAUCAAAAAGGUUUAAAAUGAGCAUCACUGACAUCCUCAGCCCUUCUGAUAUUGCUGCUGCCCUUAGGGACUGCCAAGCCCCCGAUUCCUUCAGCCACAAAAAAUUCUUUCAGAUCAGCGGAAUGUCCAAAAAGAGCAGCAGUCAGAUCAAGGAUAUCUUCCGGCUCUUAGACAAUGAUCAAAGCGACUUUAUUGAGGAAGAUGAGCUCAAGUAUUUCCUCCAGCGGUUUGAGUGUGGAGCCAGAGUAUUAACUUCUUCAGAAACCAAGACUUUUUUGGCAGCUGCAGAUCAUGAUGGGGAUGGCAAAAUUGGGGUUGAAGAAUUCCAGGAAAUGGUGCACUCCUGAAGGACUGAAGGCAACAGAGAAAGAAACAGAAAGGGAAGGGGGGAUGAAUCUGCAGGAGAUGAUACGCUAAAACUCUGUAAAUCAUGG